AUUCAAUAUCACUUAACAACCUUUAUAUUUUAUUGACUAGAAAUGUCUAUAUUUUAUGUAGGGAUUGCACGGGAAAGAGAAAUCCUGGCAGAGUACGUUGUUGAUGGAAUAGAGAUAAAGGCACUUGUUUGUUUAGUGCUUGAAAAGAUUAGAUCUAAUGAGGAGACAAGGCUUACGUAUCUUUAUAAGUCAUAUAUGAUUCAUUAUAUAUGUACGCCUAUUGUUCCAAUGGGUAAUUUAACAUAUUUGUGUAUUACAUCGGAUGAAAUUGGACGGAGAGUUCCAUUUGCAUUAUUAGGAGAGAUAAAGCAAUAUUUUGGUAGUAAUUUUUCUAUGUGUGAUAUUUUUGAGCUUCCAUUGUCGAGUUUUUCAUUUGUUAAUGAAGAAAUAUCAAAAAAAGUAGAUGCGAUAAUGAAUGGAGAAGAUGGGGUGAUAAUGGUAGAUAUGGCACGUGUUGUUCAUAAAGAAAUUGAGCAGGUUAAAUCGGCGAUGAUGGAAAAUAUUGAAAGGGUACUUGAACGUGGAGAGCGUAUUGAAUUACUAGUUGAUCGAACACAAAAUAUGAAUGAAACAGCAUUUAGUUUUUCUAAAAGAUCAACAUAUUUAAGACGGCGUAUAUUAUGGGAAUCGAUAAAAACGACUGUAAUUCUUUCACUUGUUGUUUUAUUUUUACUUUAUUUAUUGAUUGGUUUUGGAUGUGGAUUUCCAGUAUGGCAAAAUUGUCGUUAGAAUUGUAUGUAAAAAGGCUAUUUUUAUCUGUAUUUUAUACUGGAAAAUUUU